AUGGAGACACGGCAGAAGUGCGAAGCGUGUCGAGCGACGGAUAGCGUCUGCGAUCUUGAGCGGCCAGUCUGUGGGAGAUGCACGGCAAAUGCACUGGUCUGCGUGUAUCCAGCUCGUCCCGUCGCCUUUGACUUUGUGGACCAGAAUGCCGCUGCCGCUUUCGCCAGUCGACGGGCUGCGAGCAGGCGAGCUCGAGAGGCCAGUCGAAGACGAGCGCCGAUUCCACUAGACGUUCGCAUGCUACAAGAGACCAGCCCGAGCGCCUUGCCGGAUCCACAACAUCCCGACUUCCAACUCGGCCCUCCGAUUUUGCACGAGCUGGAUGACCGGGUUUUGCAGCGCUUUAUUGGCCGCUGGUCCUCCGGAGUCACAUGUCUGGGCUGCCUCGACUCCAUGCCUGCACUCCUGCAGACCUCGAACAGGGACAGCGCAAUAUCAAAGGCGAUUCUAGCCACCGCGUAUGCCGAUUUGGCGGCCCUAGAGCGGCAUGGAAACCCAGGGAGCAAAAGCUACCAAGCUUAUUUCGGCACUCUUCAACGCUUGCGGCAUGACCUUGCCGACCCUCUGUUUGCGCCGAGCAACGAGGUUCUCGCUGCGAUCCUUGCUGUGGACGCGUUUGAGGUAUUGUAUUUAAACCGCACUGAUCCAUUGGGCAUCCAUACCUCGGCGAUUCUGCGACUUCUCGAGCUUCGCAGUGGCGAUAUCAUGACACAAGAACAAGGCUACCCGUUAUGGCGCUCCGCCUAUCAACGUAUUCAGGUCAGACAGCUCUUCUGCGGAAAGCAGCUGACAGCCUCGAUGGAUAUGCGUGGGUACGCAGUCGAGGACGACAGUCGGCCUGAAGUGCGGACCAUCAACUUUGUCACUGCUGCUUGUGGCAUCAUGGCUCAAGUCAAAGAGGAGCGAGAGAACCCCGACGAGAACUCGCGACUGGAAAGCAUGUCGCAUCUCAGUGCCCGACUACGCAGCUUGACGCAGGAAGCGCGACAAUGGUGUGAAGUUAAUUCGUCUGUGCCGCGUCCACGACGAGUUGACUUCAGUGUGGACAUGCCAUUGAGUCGAGUCUUUCCGAGGACUACAACUCUGGUAUUCGACAACGGAAGGAUGGCAAGUGACCGUCUGCUCUUCCAUACAUGCGUCAUGAAAGCGCUGGAUACGCUCAUCGCACUUCGCACUCAAAUGUUCUCGUCUGAACGUACCACCGACGAUGGUGUUGGCCGACCACGAGACUCUCUGGAAACUACGCAAUUGGACCUACGUGAGCUACACACGACAUGCCGGCACAUUCUGGACAUGAUUCCCGGCAUCCUUGGCCUUGCGGGCAGUCCUACUUCCGAUCCUCAGACGCUGAACGACACCGGCGUUCUUACCGUGAAGUCUCCCCUGCGGACUAUCGCCAGCCUGGAAUAUGCACCAGUGGAGAUCAAGGAGGAAGCCCAUGCUCUGCUCGGAUACCUUGAUGCUCAUAGGCAUAUCAUACGGCAGACGUGA